AUGGCAAGAGCUCCCAAAGCACUGCAAUUUAAGAUGAAGCAAGAAGGUACCACCGCCAACAAUGGUGGUGGCGAGUCAUCAUUCCGGGUGUUGUACUACGGGGAUGCAUCAGCUGGAUCUGUGCCCUUCAUGUGGGAAUCACACCCAGGUACCCCUAAACACCCAACCACCGAUCAAUCCUCUCUCCCACCUCUCACUCCGCCACCUGCUCUCCGAUACAACUCCUCAAAUCCCUCCACUUCCCUCCGCAGCCUUUUACUUGCUUCCGAUUCCAAAAAAACCUAUCUGCCGGCAGCACCAUCUUUGUCGACGUCUGAAUUAUCAUCCAUAUCUUACGGUGAUUCCUCAAAGCCCACUUCUCUCCGCAGCCUUUUUCUCGCUUCUGGUUCCCAAAAAGCUCACGGGACGGCGGCCCCUCCGUUGUACUCUACUCUAUCGCAUUCGUUGCCUUCAACUCCGAUGAGUAAAGAGAGACGCAAGACGGAGUUCCGGCGGAGGAAGGCGACGAUGAAGUUAGACAUGAGUGAGGAUAGUGUUGAGAAGCACGUGGGUGGCGAUGGUUCACCGACGUUGACGCUGUGCUUUGGUGGCGGUUUAAAUGAAGAUUUAUAG